AUGGCUCUAGACACCUCGCCAGACAUCUCGCCCAAGUUGGCCAAGAGUCUAAAAAUCAACCUACUUCUCUUAAAUAAUUUAGGCCCAGACCGAGAUGAAUUCUUUACAUGCCUUACAGACAUGCUCGCUAUUAAUGGAACCACUCCUUUGGAAACUAACGACACGGAUCCUCGACAAUUUCGACAAGCGGGAGAAGGCGAGUGCGGCACUGUAUUUACGCGUGACAAAGGCUGUUGUGCUGUGAAAGUCGCCAAGAUUGAUGAAGACGCUCUCUACGACGACUACGAAAUGCACACAUGGAUCGAUGAACAAUUUUUCAAAUUGCGAGAAAAGAAGGUCAACGUUCCCUACUGCUAUGACUUCUUCACAGAAAACUCUAGUGAGAAUCCAGAGCUACGUCGGGCCAUUGCGGCCGCUGGUGGAUGUCCUACAGCAGCAAUGCUGGAGACGGAGCGCAUACCGCCGUUACCGCAGCGUGUAAGAGAGGAAUUGAUACGUCUAUUCUGCGACCCGGCCCGGCAAGACAUGGCCCUAGCGGACGAUAAGAACAAAGACUGCCUUGUCCGUCUAUACCUAGGGUCUUUGAACACCAAACCUGGUGGGCCAUUCUCCCUACGUGAUUUCAACUUGCACCUCAAUGACAUGCGGAAAUUGCAGCUACCUACUGCAAAAUAUGCCGACUGCAUGGCCUAUGCCAUGGCCGUUCUUCAUUGGGAGGCAAUGGUAGAUGCACGCGGAGUCGAGUUUGUUCUGGGUGGCUCACGAUUUGCUUUUGCCCAAAUCCGAACAACGCAGUUUUGGGUUAUCGAUUUCGACCAAUGCCAACUAAUCACCCUUGAUAAUGAAGGCGUAGACCACGCAAUUGAAGCAGCAAAGGCGAAUGACCCAUUUCUUCCGGCUCUCGGUGCGUUUCGUUCACAGUCAUUAGUGUGGACGGUCUUUUGUGUCAACUACUUGAACUAUUCACACGAGAUUCUAGACAAAGAACUCUGGCAUCUACCCGAACGCUUUCUACGAGGCCUUGCCAAAAGACCGCCCGUGGUGCCGUGGCUUAAUGAAGACUAA